CAACGCGUCAACACGGACCAACAAAAAAAAGUUGUAGAAGCAGCUUUAUAGUGUUGUUUACUUUUAUAAAUAGAUGAAAAAUUGUGAAAAAUUUCUCAAUUUUCUCGUCAAUUUGAAAUAUUAAUCAAAAUGAAGUUAAGAUUAUAAAAAAGAAUUGAAACAAUUGUUUACAAUAUGGCUGAGUACAAUAUUCCUAUAAUUGAACCUACAAUUGAUUACACAAAGGUUCCACCCAUCAAUCAAAAAAGAACGAUAACAUUUAUUAAUCACUUUGUAGCGCAUACAGUCACUUUUUUGAAUAAAUUUACUUUAACGUGUGAAGAAAAGCUUUUUGAAUUUGAAAAUAAACUGCAAAGGGUACAAGCUUCGCUAGAAAUUCUGGAGUCCCGGUUAUCUUCGGUACCAGGACUUGUUGACAAAACACAAACCGCAGAAGAAAUUCAAAAACAAGAAGUCGUAAAUCAAAAAGAUACACCUCAUAAUCAAGUAUCUGAAGAAAAGGAAAAUCCAAUUAAACCUCCGACAUUGAGUGUCGAUAAAGUACUAAAAAUGUUGCAAGUUGGAAUUCCUAAACCAGCAGUUAAAAUAAAAAUGGAACUAGAAGGUUUAGAUUCAUCCGUAUUAGAGUAA